UCUCCGUCUCCGUCUGUAGAAGUGUGUGCAUAACAUAACACAACAUUGACAUGCGAUCUCAACUGUAACGUAACAGAGCUUGAGCCACUUCGCCAUACAGACCAACGCAACAAUGGCAUCGGCCUUCGUCAAGCUCGACGAUUCCCCUAUGUUCCAGAAGCAGUUAUUUUCUCUUGAAGAAACAACUGAUGAGUUACGGGAUCGAUGCCAGAAGCUAUAUAGUGGGUGUAAGAAGUUUAUGACAGCUUUGGGGGAAGCAUAUAAUGGAGAAAUAACCUUUGCUGAUUCAUUAGAAGCAUUUGGCGGUGGCCAAGAUGACCCUGUUAGUGUAUCAAUAGGAGGUCCUGUCAUAACUAAGUUUAUUACCACAUUGCGUGAGCUAGCUUCUUUCAAAGAGCUUCUUCGUUCACAGGUAGAGCAUGUGUUGAUUGACCGGCUGACAGAGUUUAUGAACAUUGAUUUGCAAGAUACAAAGGAUUCUCGUCGUCGUUAUGACAAAGCUGUCCAAUCUUAUGAUCAGUCACGAGAGAAGUUUGUCUCUUUGAAGAAGAAUACACCACAAGAUAUUGUAGCUGAAUUAGAAGAGGAUCUACAAAAUUCCAAAUCAACAUUUGAAAAAAGUCGCUUCAAUCUAGUAAACUCACUCAUGAAUGUUGAAGCGAAAAAGAAGUAUGAGUUCUUGGAGUCGAUUAGUGCAAUAAUGGAUGCUCAUUUGAGAUACUUUAAGCUGGGUUAUGAUUUACUAAGCCAAAUGGAGCCCUAUAUUCACCAGGUGUUAACAUAUGCACAACAAUCUAAAGAACUUGCUAAUAUUGAGCAAGAUAAGCUUGCAAAACGGAUUCAGGAAUACAGAACACAGGCAGAGUUAGAGAAUAUCCGAGCUUCUAGCAAUUUUACUGAAACCAUGUCAGGUUCUGAAGGCAUCCAUGUUGUAGGCUUGAAUUCGUACAGGAGUUUAGAUUCAGGGAUGCUGUCUGCAACCAAAGGGGAGCCUUGCUUACAGCUUCAAACAGUUAAACAAGGUUAUCUGUUAAAACGGUCAUCGGGUUCGCGUGGAGAUUGGAAACGGAGGUUCUUUGUACUUGAUAACCAAAGGAGUUUAUAUUAUUAUAGAGUCAAGGGUGUCAAACCCACGGGCUCUCAGUCAUAUAAUUAUGUUCGUUCUAUUGAACAAACUAGUGGAAUGUUUGGUAGAUUCCGUUUAAAACACAACAGGGCUGCAUCAAUGAAUGAUGACAUUUUAGGUUGUUACACUAUUGAUCUAUGCACAUCUACUAUAAAGAUGGAUGCCGAAGAUACAGAUCUACGACUUUGCUUCCGAAUAAUUUCUCCCUCAAAAACGUUAACACUUCAGGCCGAAAAUGAAGCUGAUAGGAUGGACUGGGUUAACAAAAUUACUGGAGCUAUAACAUUACUUUUUAAUUCACAGUUUCUUCAAGAGCCUCAAUAUGGUGGAGCGAAUUCAGAGAGUAAAAACUUAGCAACUGGUGCUUCUUCGUCAUGUCAUUCGGAGGAUGGUCAGGAAUCAUUGAGUAAUGACUUAUAUUCCACGGAAGUGGGUAGUGUCUCAAAGAUUUUAAGGGGAAUUCCAGGGAAUGAUAAAUGUGCCGAGUGUAGUGCUCCUGAACCAGAAUGGGCAUCUCUAAACCUUGGCAUAUUGUUAUGUAUUGAAUGCUCUGGAGUGCAUCGAAAUCUUGGUGUUCAUAUCUCAAAGGUGAGAUCUAUAACAUUAGAUGUUAGGGUUUGGGAAAAUACCAUUUUGGAGUUAUUUGAUAACUUAGGUAAUGCCUACUGUAAUUCUAUAUGGGAGGGCUUGCUUCUGCUGGAUCAUGAAAGGGUAGGUGAAUUAAGUGUGCCUAUUAAACCUUGUUCAACAGAUGCCUUCCAAAUCAAAGAGAAAUACAUCCAAGCAAAGAUUUCUCAAAAGAAUUCUGUCAUUUAUGAGUUCAUUGAGUACGUAGAGAAAUCAUUAAUGAUCCGAGAAGAGGAUAUACCCAACAAUCCUUCAGUUUCCGUAAGAAUUUGGCAAGCAGUUCAGGCUGUAAAUGUAAGAGAAGUGUAUCGGCUUGUUGUUACAUCAGAAUCAAAUAUGAUAAACACAAAAUAUGGUGAUGAGGUUCCCCAUGCUGCUGAGGCGGAAGGGCAGCAACAUGAUCCCGAAGCCUGUCUGAAGGUUGAAGAGACUAUUGAGACUGAGAGGUGUUUCCGUGGAUGGUCAUUAUUACAUUUGGCAUGUCAUACUGACAGUACACUGAUGGUCGAGUUGUUGCUCCAAUUUGGUGCUGAUGUAAAUAUGUGUGACUAUCAUGGAAGAACUCCCUUGCACCAUUGCAUUACAAGUGGGAAAAAUAAUUUGGCAAAGUUUCUAUUAAGAAGGGGUGCAAGGCCGUCAAUUAAAGAUGCUGGAGGGCUCACUAUACUUGAAAGAGCAAUGGAGAUGGGAGCAAUAACUGACGAAGAGCUAUUUAUCAUGCUUGCUGAAUGCUAGAGAAUAUGGAUCUGGUAUAUAUUUAUAUAUUUAUAUCUAUAUAUUAUGAGUGUUGAAGAUAUGCUGUUGUUCAUUAAGUAAAGAAAAGUUGAUUACAUAUUUUAGAAUGCCUGAUUCAUCGAAAGGAAUCUCAGAUUUUUUAAUUUAUUUGGCUCAAUAUUUGUUGCAGUUAUUAUAGAAAAGACUCUAACAUGUAUCUCUUAAAUUAAAUUUCAAAAGGAUAUGUAUUCAUUAAAAUACUUCCACAAGAAAAACCUCAUUUAUACAGUUUCAUUAUUUGUUCGUCUCA